ACAGCCGGUAGUUUUAGGAAGGAAUGAGUGGUCGGAGUGGGAAACAAGAUAUAAAGACUUGACGGUCGAUCGGGAUGGAAACCAGACAUCGUCAUGUGGCAGUAUCGAACGAUCGGCCUUUUGGCCUUAUUACUUGCAGCAUGUGUCGAAGCGCGAGAAGCUGAAUUACUUCGUUCAAAACGUUACAGCGGAGGCUCAUUUGCCUCCAGCAGUGCUAGUAGUUCGGCCAGUGCGAGCUCGCUUGGUGGCAGUUCCUCAUCAAAAUCCAAUUCUCAAGCUGUCGGUAGUGCUUCGGCAGGUGCACAAUCCUCGGCUCUGACAAAUGCUGGUGGAUAUGGAGGCAGUCAUGAUGGUUUCGGAAGUGGUGGAUAUGGUGGCGAUGGCCACGGUGGAUUUGGAGGUAGCGGUGGUCACGGUGGACUCGGGGGUGGCGGUGGACACAGCGGACUCGGCGGUGGUGGUGGACUCGGCGGUGGUGGUGGACACGGCGGACUCGGGGGCGGCGGUGGACACGGCGGACUUGGGGAUGGCGGCGGCCUUGGUAGUCACGGUGGUUUAGGAAGCGGUAGCGGCGGUGGAUAUGGUGGUGGUCACGGUGGUUUCGGAGGUGGUCAUGGCGGAUUCGGAGGCAGCAGUGGUCAUGGCGGACUCGAAGUUGGCGGUGGUCACGGUGGUUUUGGAGGUGGUCAUGGUGAUGGUCAUGGCGGUGGUCACGGCGGUUUUGGAGAUGGCGGUGGACACGGUGGAUUCGGAAGUGGCGGUAAUCAUGGUGGAUAUGGAAGCGGUGGAAGUGGUGGACACGGAAGUGGCGGUGGCUAUGGAGAUGGCGGACACGGAGGUGGCGGACAUGGCAGUGGCGGUGGAUAUGGAGGUGGCGGACAUGGUAGUAGCGGUGGAUAUGGAGGUGGCGCACAUGGUAGUAGCGGUGGAUAUGAAGGUGGCGGACAUGGAGCUGGCGGUGGAUUUGGCGGUGGCGGACACGGAGCUAGCGGCGGAUAUGGAGGUAGCGGACACGGAGGUGGUAGCGGUGGAUAUGGACUUGGAGGUUAUGGCGGUGAUGGACACGGUAAUGGCGAAGUUAACAAAAUUGGUGGAGGUGGUUAUGGUGGAAGUGGCUCCGGAAGCCAUAAUGAUGGUCUUGGAGGAUAUGGUAGUGGUAGCUCUGGUAGUAGUCAUAGUGGUGUCGGCAGUGCGAGCAGUGGCUACGGAGGUAGUCGCGGAGGAGGAUUUGGCGGAGGAACUUUAGGUGGGCAUGGAGGGGGUUUAAACGGUGGAUACGGAACAGGAGGAUUGGAUGGUGGAUUAGGCAGUGGACAUGGAAGUCUAGGAAAUGGAUGUACCAGUGGAAGAUGUGGUUUUGGUGGUAGUGCAAAUGCUCAAGCUAGUGCGAGCGCAAAUGCUGGAAGUGGAGGAUAUGGAGGUCACGGAGGUUUUGGCGGUCAUGGAAUAGACUUAGCUUCCCGAAUUGGUGACACCGAUGAAGGUACAAACCAGAGUGGUACUGUCGAAGGUGCCAAAGGAAUUUACAGUAGCAGUGCGGCGAACAUAGACAGUACCGGUAAAGGUACUUACUCCGUUAAAGCUGGUAAAAUCCCGGCAUAAAUCUCGUUUAACUUUCACUUCAAUUUUAAAAAUUUGUUGUUGCUUUGCUAAAAAUUGUCUCAACAACUGAAAAUGCGUAGCUACAAUUAUAAUCCUGUUUUGCCAUAAACGUAGUACAAUUUAAAGUCUACUGUUUAUUUAUUUCCUAAUCGUCAAACGCUUGAUGUAAUGCCUAAAAUAAAUUUAUGAAUAUAUAAUA